GUCAAUCUUGCUAGUUUCUUUUCAUUCCAUUUUCAUACCUUGUCAUAUAUAGAAUAUGACGACAGAAAGAAUAAUACCAUCUCCGAAUACUUUGGUUAAGUAUGAUAAUCCAAUUUUAGUUUCAAAACAUGAUUCAAAAGCGGGACCUUCUGGGGUAAGAUUAGCAUUAUUGGUAUUAUUAAGUAGAUUUUUUAAUAUGAAAACUAAAUAUAGUGUAAUGAUACCGGAUGAAGCUGCAAAGAAGACUCCUCUCACCGCAGAUAUUAAACGCGAAGCUGAAGAAAUACUCAAUACAAUUCUACCACCUAAAGAAUGGGAAGACGAUGGACAAUUGUGGAGGCAGUGUGUUUCUACAACACCAGCAACUCGAUUAGAUGUUGUUAAUUUACAAGAACAACUGGAUAUGAGAUUACAACAAAGACAGGCUAGAGAGACCGGUAUUUGCCCAGUGAGAAGAGAACUGUAUACGCAAUGUUUUGACGAAAUUAUUAGACAAGUAACUAUAAACUGUGCCGAAAGAGGAUUGCUGUUAUUGAGAGUUAGAGACGAGAUGCGCAUGACCAUAGAAGCGUAUCAAGCGUUAUAUUGUAGCAGUGUUGCUUUCGGUAUGAGAAAAGCGUUACAGGCGGAACAAGGCAAAUCAGAUUUGUUCGAAGAUGUAGAAACGUUGAAAAAAGAAAAACAAGAUUUGGAAAAUCAAAUAACUGAAUUGAAACAACGAGCAGAACAGGCGGAUAGGAGGGCGGCCGAAACGAGACUAGCGGAAGAAAGAAAACAUACGGAAGAAAUUGCAUUUUUAAAGAAAACUAAUCAGCAACUAAAGACUCAACUGGAAGGUAUUUUAGCACCUAAGAAGUGAAUAAUGGGGUUUAAAGAAGCAUACGCAGAAGGAAAAUAUAGUCAUUUAUUAAAAUUGUGGAUAUUUUUUCCAAAGCAUUUUUCUAAAAAUAAUAUUAAUUAUAUUUAUAUAUUGUCCCGUAUCGCUUUAAACCAACUGAAGACAUUUUAUAUUUGAAAUAGUGUCGCGAGACUUUGGUUUACACAAAAAUGUAAAAGCCUUGGAAAAAGAGUUUUAUACAUCAAUAAAUUCAUCGUAAUAAAAAUAUUUAAUAUCUAUAAAUAUUUUGUACAAUUAAA